AUGAAUGAUGAACUUUAUGACUCUUCUAAAUUAUGGAAUCAUAAGAGUGAAACGAAUGGGGAAGUAACGUACCCAACUUCCACCGCGCAGAAGAACAGCGUAACUGAUACAAACUCAACUUCUACCACUAGAUGUAACGGUCUAUCCAAAUUAGGAAAGAAUAAUCGAGUAUACUAUAAAAUAUAUCAUGUAAUUUUCAAUUUACGUUGGGCAUUCAAAGGAUCAUCAUGCAUAUGCAAAUCAAGAUUCCUGGAGCUCCUUUUUAUUAUCAUUUAUUUAAUCCACUUUCAAAAACAACCCCAUUCCAAUGUUGAGAGCUACGAAAUGGAUAAAAUAUUAUCAGGGAAAGGGUACCACCAGGAAGAAGUACACUGGCAAAGUGUUAUAAUGUUAGAAAAACCGAGUCGAAUAUGUAGAAGAAUACUCUUCAAGAAUCGACUAAAAAAACACAAAGACAACUCGCUUAAAAAUAGCCGAAUUUUAGCAGAAAAAAGAAGUUUAAAAAAUGUUAAAACAUCAAAUAAAAUAGAUUUUUCGAACUUAAAUAAUAACUACGAACCAUAUACAAUUCCGAAAGAUGAUGAAACCAGAGUCAUCUAUGAAUCUGGGGACUCCAAAAGUUUGUCCUAUUACACAUAUCUUUCAAUUAAUAAGAACGAAGAAAACAAAAACAGGGACUUUUGA